AAUUCUUACUAUCCUUCCUUCCUUCCUCUCGUCAAUUGGGACUUCCGCGUGUCUUUUCGGUCCCAGUGAACACGUGACGGGCAUCCAUUGAGCUGACUCGAGAAAAGGAAAAGCCUCUGAAAGCUCCAUUUUUCGUUCCAACUUCUUUCCAAAACCGUUUUAUUAUUUUUUUAAUGACGCCACAGUCUGCGUUAUGAUGAGGAAAACACCAAAGUCACGUGGUCGUUUGGAUCGAACACGUGACGUGUGCCGAUAUUUCGAGGUGCCCCUAAACGCGCCACCCGACACGAUUGCGCACUUUUUCGCCAAAUUGUCCAAGUGGGUCGAAAAGGAGUCAACCGGGAGGGAUUCGAACCGUCCGAGGAGCAGCGGAAUCCCAUGGCGGCCUCUUCGUCCGUCACGAGCGCGGGCGGCGUUCCCGUCGUCACGAAGGCGGUCCCGCCCGACGCCCGCCGAGAAGAACGCAGAGAGCGCCGGCCCGGCGGGGGGCGCUCCCGGGCCUCGGGGUGAGUCGACGCGCCCCGCAGAGCGUCAAGAUGGAGCGGCCAACGAGGACUCGCUUUGUGUGCGCGCGCGCGCAGGUCGUCCAGGUGUUCAUCGGCUUGCUGUGCCUUCUCUUUGGCUUGACGGGCGUCUCGCGCUUCCUGGUGGAGCACGUGGCGUUCUGCGGCGGCAUCUGCUUUCUGGCGUCCGGUCGGCUGGCGGUGGCGACCGCGAGGCGGGCGUCCCCCGAGCGUCCCGGACCGCGGCCGUCGGUCAUCCCGUUUGUGGUGUGGUCCAGAUGUGGGCGUGUCUGUUGUCCAACGCCGUCAGUGUCCUGGUGAGCCUGGGGGGCGCGGCCUACCUGAGCUGGCUGCUGGCGACCGGUCGUCCCGCUGAGAGCGUUUGCGGCGACUGGUCGGCCGGCGAGGGCAAAGCGUGGAGCGUCUGCGUGGCCAAACUCUGGUUGUUGAACGUAAGUACGUCGGCUCGGCUUCUUUGCCGCCCCCACGAGGGGGGGGGGGGAGUUGCGCGUGUCUGCAGAGGGCGCUGUGGGGCCUGCGCGGCCUCUUCCUGGUUGUGCUGCUCCUGCAAGCCGCCGUCUGCGCGGCGCUCUGCGUCCUCACCGGCGGCGCCGUCGGGAAGCGACGACGUUACGCCCCCCUCGCGGUGAGACCUCACACGGCACGUCUCCUUCCCGCGUGACCCCCGACGGCCGAUCGGCAGUGGCCGCGUCUCCCUUUUGACCUGCGGGCGCCGAACGAAGACGACUGCUGCGGCGGCACGCCGGAGGCCCGGUCAGACUCUCCGUGACGACCGCCGCCAUUUGGAGUAACGGCAUCGUAAAAGCAGAGGAUUUGAGUUGGAAUCUCGCGAGAUAACGUUUACGUUCACAGAGUAAUAGAUGCGUGAUGCUUGAAUUACUUUUCAGUUUUUGAAAUCUCUUUGUGUUCAAAUGCUUUUAGUUAUAGAAAGCACGUUGAGUUACCUUGUCUAUCAAAUGGGCCAUACGAAUAAAGUUGCUUUGCUUUACUCCAAAACUACACAUUAAAGGAUUUGAGUUGUUGGAAUGUUACAA